AUGGGUGCCAAAGGCGAUCGCAAGUCUGAUGACACAGCAAUUAUCAAUCAGAUAUUAGAGUACGCGGCAAACACCAGUUCCGUCGUCUUCUUCCCAUACGGCGAAUAUCUCGUUUCCGACACUGUCAACAUCCCGGUAGGCUCGAGAAUCGUAGGUCAAGUCUGGCCUCAGAUUAUUGGAGCCGGCAAGGCGUUCCAAGACGAGCGGCUUCCGAGACCAGUCGUUCGCGUAAGUCAACCAGGUGAUGCGGGAAUCAUUGAAAUCUCCGACAUGCUUUUCACUACAUACGCUGGCUCAGCUGGAGCUGUCGUGGUGGAAUGGAACGUUCAGCAAAGCACUCAAGGCUCAGCUUGCAUGUGGAACUCCCCGAUCAGGGUUGGUGGUGCCUCUCAGAGCGGUUUACAAGCACGAGAAUGCCCCAAGAAGACGGGAAACGUGAAUAAGAACUGUAUUGGAGCAGCACUUCUCCUACAUCUCACGCCUUCUUCCAGCGCAUACUUGGAGAAUAUUUGGGCUUGGACCGCUGAUCACGACCUCGAUACUCCUGAUCAAACUCAAAUUGACAUCUACGUUGGGCGAGGUAUUCUGAUCGAGAGCCAAAAGCCAACCUGGCUAUGGGGUACUGCUUCAGAGCAUAAUGUCUUGUACCAAUACCAACUUUCAGACGCGAAGGAGGUGUUUCUAAGCAUGAUACAGACAGAAACGCCAUAUUAUCAGCCCUCCCCCCACGCGCCAGCUCCAUUUAGUCCUGGUAUUUUCCCCAACGAUCCUACAUUUAAGGACUGUUCGGCAUCCUCCACACAAUGCGCUAUGGCAUGGGCCCUCCGCCUCAUUCACUCAACCGAUGUAUUUAUAUACUGUGCUGGGCUUUACAGUUUCUUCUCAGACUACUCGCAAACAUGUCUUGCUACCGAGGACUGUCAAGCUGCCAGCGUUCAAAUUGAGCAGAGUUUCGGCGUAUGGAUAUACUCACUUGCCACCAAGGCUACGGUCGAAAUGGUUAGUCCAAUGAACUAUCCAGCCACUCUGGCUGCUGAAAAUCAAAAUGGAUUCCUUUCUUCUAUUCUGGCUUGGCUAGCAGGAGCCGAGAAAACAAUAGGCGUCACUUUUGUCGGGUGGCCUAUUUUCGAACAAGGCUCGCUGCGGCAAACCACUGUUAGCCCUGCGUGCGAGGCGGCUCUGUAUCAAUCAAUCAAAUGCCACGAUGCGACUAAAAGACUUAUGGAUUCCCCUUACAUCAGUCCAAUCAACAACCCGACACUUCUACAGUCCAUGUGUGAAAGCAGUUGCAAUGCUUCCAUCAACUAUGUUCACGACAGCGUCAGUGCCGCUUGUGAAUACACUCCGGAUCUGGCCGAAGGCAUUCCUGCCAUUGGAAUGUUUGAUUUGUUCCGGGACAGAUGGGAAGAAUUGUGCUUCACGGAUCCAUCAACUGGAGAUUACUGCAAUGAAGUCAUCGCGAAUUUCGCACCCGUUAAAGACCUGGACUCCAUGAAGGAAUCAGAACUUUGCUCGCACUGCAACAUUGAGAGACUAGCUAUGAUGCAAAAGUCUCCUUAUUCAGCUUACGAUGCUCUCGUGCGGGAGCAGUAUGAGUUUGUAGCAAAGACUUGUGGCAAGAAGGAUGCGGUAUUUGAUCCGGCAACCGGCGGAAUGCACGUAAACAUCGACGAACCCGGCAGCAUCUGUGCUUCUAACACAACAUAUACUGCAAAAGACGGCGACACUUGUGAUUCCAUUUCUGUGGCUUCUAACGUGUCGUCUGUUUCCCUAUAUUGGAUCAACUCCGAGAUUCCAGAUUGUCAAAAAAUUCCCGUAGACACCGAGUUGUGCCUGCCCAUGCCAUGUGAAUCACUUUGGCAUGUCAAACAGGAAGAUACCUGUUUCGAUAUCUCUGUCGCCAGCUCGAUCUCGGAAAGGCAGCUCCGUGAUUGGAACCAAGGUUUGGAGACGGAUUGCAUGAACCUGCACGAUGUGAAAUGGGGCAGCAGUCUUUGUGUGAAGCCACAAACUCCAGUCUUCAAUAUCACAAAUGACAAUUCGUUGGACCCUUGGGGCCAUGCAACCGAACGACGAGAUGCUUCAGACCCGGGUAGCAACCCUCGAUGCAUCUCUUUUGCGACGUUUAGCAAGGGCGAUACUUGCCAGAGCUUUGCCGAGGCUUGGAAUAUUGGCACUGCAGACUUGAUUAAAUUGGUGAGCGUCGGUUAG